GUAGCCCAGAUGAGAUGAGAAAAAACAAAAAAAAAUGUUUUGAUUCCGUUGGCGUAACUCCCCGCCUCCCACGGCGCACUUUAGCCGCCCCCACCUCCCCCUCCCUUAGCGGUGGUCUCAUCCGUCUGUCUAGAUCUCCACAUCAGCCGCAAACGCUUUAAACCUAACCCCUCAAAUCACCAUUCAUUCAUUAUGUCACCGCCCACCGCCCACCACCACCCCCUUCUCCUCCUCCCCAAAUCCCUAAUCUUCGAUUUCCUUUCAUGGCCGCCGCAUCGUCUUCUCCGUCCAAUCAGGAUCUCUCUGCUACUCCGCCUGAGAAUCCUUUAUCUAUUGUCACCGUCGCCGCCGCUGGCUCUGGCGCUGGAGCUGCCUCCACUCGCCGCCUUCCUCCGCCCUGCUGGUCCCACGAGGAAACAAUAGCCCUAAUCGAUGCGUAUCGGGACAAGUGGUACUCUCUCCGCCGCGGUAAUCUCCGGGCCAAUCACUGGCAGGAAGUCGCCGACGAUGUCGCCGUUAGAUGCCCUGUCGAUUCUCCCAAGACCGCCGUGCAGUGCCGCCACAAGAUGGAGAAGCUCAGGAAACGAUACCGUGCCGAGAUUCAACGCGCCGCCCCAUACGGUGGCGUUCGCUCCCACCGUUACUGCUCCUCCUGGGUCUUGUUCAAGCUCAUGGAUGCCAUGGAAAGAGGUACCAACGCCGCCGCCGCCGCAUCUCCGCCACCCGAUGAGGAGGAGCUCGAGGAUGAUGCGGAAGAUAUCAAGCAAAAUAGCGUCAAACACAUCGGUGAUAUAUAUAGCCAAAACAAUCUGAAUUCUAAUAAAAGAAGUAGCUUUCAGGGUUCCAUGACUAAUGGGGGAACUGGUGUUCGGAUUCGUAUUCCAACACUUCCCAUGGCCAAGCCUUACAGUAAAUUUGAUGAAAUAUUAACCCAAAACCCUAACCCUAACCCUAACACUAGUUAUGGGUCUAGUAGGAUGUUAAAAGGAGAUUGUUUUGGGAAGAAGUCUGCUGAUUUGGGGAAAAGGGUUAGUGGGGAAGAAGAGGUGGGGGAGAAGAGGAAGGCAGACCCAAUUGCUGAGAUGGUCACAGCAAUUAAGGCAUUGGGAGAUGGAUUUCUGAAGAUGGAGAGGAUGAAAAUGGAAUUGGCUCGGGAAUUAGAAGAAAUGAAGAUGGAAAUGGAAAUGAAAAGGACUGAGAUGAUUCUUGAAUCGCAACAGAGGAUUGUGGAAGCUUUUGCCAAUGCUCUCACCGAGAAGAAUAAUAAUAAUAAGAAGACCAAGAGGAUGCCUACCCCAGAAUGUCAGAUGCCUCAUAGUUGAUUGUCCUUGGUUAAAUGCACAAGUUUAGGUGUUGGUUGAUCCAUCACCCAUCUGGAGAUGGGUUAUUUUUGACAUUUCUGAAACAAGGGAAUCAUGGAUGUAUUGGAACUCUGGUGCACUUCUGGUGUGCCUAAGUUUACAACUUAUUUUCACACAUGAAGAGAGAUUGGAAUUUGUCAACUUUAAACUUAAGUUAGUGCUGUAGCUGAGUAGAUUGUUUAUGUACCGAUGUAAGCCUGCUCAAGAAAUUGCACUUAUGUGCUGCUGCAAUGUAGUUGUGUACUUAAUAUUAUCUCAUUCAAUUUAUUAGAACAAAGCUUUCUGCUCCCUUGGCUUUGGAAUUCUUGUCA